AUGGGGGACUUGACAAGCAACGAGGCCGUAUUUGGCAAAGGGAUGCUGGAGCACUUCCUGAUCGAUCCCGAGUACCGCAAUCUCAACCAAGGCUCCUUCGGCACGUUCCCCAAGGUGAUUCGCGAAAAGCAGCGGGCCUACCAGGACGCCACCGAGGCCCGGCCGGACCCGGCCAUCCGCUACGACAACAUCAAGCUGCUGGACCGCUCGCGCGCGGCCGUGGCGGAGCUCCUGCGGGUGCCGGCCGACACGGUCGUGUUCGUCAGCAACGCGACGGUGGGCGUCAACACGGUGCUGCGGAACCUCGCGUGGGCCGAGGACGGCAAGGACGAGAUCGUGUACUUUAGCACCAUCUACGGCGGGUGCGGCAAGACGAUCGACUACGUCGUCGACACGCGGCGGGGGCUCGUCUCGUCCCGCAUGGUCGAGGUGGCCUACCCGUGCGAGGACGACGAGAUCGUGUCCCGGUUCCGGGACGCCGUGGCGGCGUCGAGGAAGGAGGGCAAGCGGCCCAGGGUCUGCCUGUUCGACGUCGUGUCGUCCAUGCCCGGCGUCCGCUUCCCCUUCGAGGCCGUGACGCGGGCGUGCAGGGAGGAGGGCGUCUUGUCGCUCGUCGACGGCGCGCAGGGGAUAGGGCUGGUCGACCUGGACCUCGGCGCGCUGGACCCGGACUUCUUCGUGAGCAACUGCCACAAGUGGCUGCACGUGCCGCGCGGGUGCGCCGUCUUCUACGUGCCGCUGCGGAACCAGGCGCUGGUGCCGUCGUCGGUGCCGACCUCGCACGGCUACGUGCCCAAGGCGGGCCAGCGCUUCAGCCCGCUGCCGCCGACGUCCAAGAGCGUCUUUGUCAACAACUUUGAGUUUGUCGGCACCAUCGACAACUCGCCCUACUUCUGCGUCGGGGACAGCAUCGCCUGGCGGCGGGACUUUUUGGGCGGGGAGGAGAAGAUCCUCGACUACACGUGGGGGCUGGCCAAGGAGGGCGGCAGGCGCGUGGCCGAGAUCCUGGGCACCGAGGUCAUGGACAACUCGACGGGGACGCUGACCAACUGCGCCAUGGUCAACGUGGCGCUGCCGCUGUACAUCGGCGAGGGCCCCGCGGGGGCGGCGGUGGUCGAGGCGGAGCGGGCGUUCGGCGCGACGCAGUGGAUGCUCAACAAGUGCAUGUCCGAGUACAACACGUUCAUCGUGCUCUACGCCUACCGCGGCCGGUGGUGGUGCCGGCUGAGCGCGCAGGUCUUCCUCGACAUGGACGACUUUGAGUUUGCGGGCCGCACGCUGCUGGAGCUGUGCAAGCGGGUCGGGGCCGGCGAGGACAAGGCGUGA